CGGCGGUUGCCUAGCAACCGGCCAGGCGAGGCGGCCGCGCGGGCAUGGAGACGCCCGGCGGGACCGUGAGCGCCGCGGUCCGGGAGCACCUGAGGCAGUUGUGUCUUCGCGAGUUCCCGUGCGGCACCGGCAGCUGGAAUAAGUCACGUUUUCUUCCUCGAACUGGGCGAACAUGGAGGGAGCUGAUCCCCAGAGACGAGGAGGCCGUGAGCCCCGGGGAGGAGACGGUGGAGGCCCUGUUGGGCCUGGUCCGCAGCCCCCACUCCCCCUGGGCUCUGCUGGAGGGCUCCAGUGCAGAGGACCGUUUUCUGAGAGAACUGGCCAUCCAGAAUCCCCUGAUGCUCAAGGACACCUUCUUCUACUCCUACUUCAGGUCCCUACGGGUGGUGGACAAGCAGGUGAGCCUGGUGGAUAAAGACCUCCUGAAAUUUCUAAAUCUUGAAGAGUUGGUACUGAGUGCUAAUCAAAUCCAGGAGAUCGAUGCUGUCAAUCUGCCCCCAACUCUCAAGGUGCUGGAGCUCUAUGGCAACGAGAUCCGCAGCAUGGAGUGUCUGUGCACUGCCCCGCCCCCGCGACUCCAGCACUUGGGGUUGGGUCACAACAAGCUUCUGGGCCCCCUGGAAAGUCUCUAUGUCACCUUCAACCACUGGCCCAACCUCGUCUCUCUGGACCUGAGCUUCAACGACCUGACAGACCUGCAGGGCAUGAUAGCCAGCCUCAGCACCCUCCGCCGCCUGAGGCUGCUGGUGCUGCAGGGGAACCCGCUGGCCCUGCUGCCCUACUACCGAGGCUUCACCAUCGACAGCCUGUCCCAGCUCUGCGUGCUGGACGACAUCACCGUGUCUCCCAGCGAGAAGCAUCAGUUCCGGGGGCUCGGCCGCAGUGGGGACCUCUUGGCACGUCAGGCACAGCUCGUGGUGACCAUUGGAAAUGUCAAAGGGGUUCAGGACACCUCUGUCUUAGACCCGGAACCAGGGCCCCAAGGCCCUUUUAUCACUUACAGCUACUAUGUGACCUACGAUUUUGUAGAAGAGGAAGAAGGAGAAGGAAGUGAAUAUGGUGGUGUCCUGGCAGAGAUCGUCAUGCCCUCGCCCAGCGCCGAACAGCUGGCCGAGGACAUUCCGGAGGACGUUCCCGAAGAGGUCUUCGAAGAGCACGAGGACUCUGCGGAGUCCGGGCUGUCCUCCCAGUCGGGAGAGCGCGAGGAUUCGCUCGUGUCGGGCGGGUCGGCGCCCUUGCCCGGGGUGGCCGACUCCGCGGAAGAGCUGGCCAAGCUGCGGCCGCGAAGAGACCCCCGGCUCUGCCCCUCCCCAGGGACCGUUCUCUUCAGCACUGUCCGCAAGCCCUGGACUGAUGUCAUCCCCUGCAGCUACGAGAUGCAGCACACACUCAAGGACCUGGUGCCACUCAAGGCUUUCCUGCUGGCGGGAACCACCGUGACCAUCGUGGAGGAGAAGAUUCUCUCUUGGCCUGCGGUGCUGCCUCCUGUUGACGUCCCAUUGCCUGCCAAGAAAGGAAAAGGGGAGAAGGACAAGAAGGGGAAGAAGGAGAAAGACAAGAAGGGAAAAGACGGGAUGGACACGGCAGGGAAAAGGGAGAAAGAGGUGGCAAAGGAACAGAAAGGAUCCAAGAAGAAAGAGCUUCCUAAGGAGCUCCGCCAGGACCCGCCCAUCCUGCGGGUGCUGGGCAGUGGCUUGGUGGUCCUGGAGCCCCUGCUGGCGGGGGAGCCACUUGUGUCCGAAGUGUGCAACUUUGGGGUGAUCCGCACUUUGGAAACUGACAGGCUGACGUCCCUCAGGGAUUCAAAGAACAAGAACAAGAGAGCUAAAAAAGGGACACAAACAUUCAGACUUAACAGGACCUGGGGAAGGAUCAGCCUGAUUUGGGACCAAAGAAAUGGAAGAAUGGAGAACUGUAUCUUCUGGCCAGUGGGAAGGCCAUGCCCGCUCUGAGGACCAAACCCUACAUCUUUCUUGCAUCUCUGAGAAAAGAGCAGCCUGCUGUGGGUUAUGUGAAGGGCAGGAGAGGCAAUUUGGGGUAGGAGCCAGGAUGAGGUGGGAUAGGGGACUGAAGUUGGGACUGGCCCAACAUCCUUCUGGCUCAGCAGUCGUCCGGCCCUCUUUGCCCAUUGAGGAGCCUGGACUUGCUCUAUGAGCAAGGGGCAGUCACUGAAGUGUCUGAAAUAGGUAAGCUUUAGAUUUGAGUUUUAGAAAGAACCGGCUGGCUUGGAAGGAGCGCUAGGAGGCAGGGGACCAGCUGGGAGGCUACUGCGAGGUGCAAGGAGAUGUAGGAUGAGGUCAGAGCAGCACUAGUCCCAACAGCUAAGAAGUGGAAACAGCCCAGUGUCCACCCGCGGAGGAGUGCCUGAAGAGGACACGGGUAUCCAUGCAUCGGAUCACCCAGCAAAAAAGAAUGAAGCGCCACGUGUGUACAACGUGGAGGAACCUUGAAAACGGGAUGCAGAGUGAAAGAAGCCAGAUGCCAAAGGCCAUGUACUGUAUAAUUCCACUUGUGUGAAAUGCCCAGGACAGGUGAAUCCAUAGAGACAGAAAAUAGAUCAGUGGUUGUGGGGGUUGGGGGUGGGGAGUGACUGCUAAUGGGUACUGGGUUUCCAUUUGGGGGAUGAGAUGUUCUGGAAUUAGAUAAUGGUGAUGAUUCUACAACACUGUGAAUAUACUAAAAGCGACAGAAGAAGCAUACAUUUAAAAAUAGUUAAAAUGUUGAAUAUUAAGAGAAUUUUAUCUCAAUGAAAAAAAAAUCACCUAAAAACAAAACAAAACAAAACAAAACCCUGUAAAAGGCAAGAAGUGCUAAGUCAUUUCCCGACUUGGAAAUGGGCAGCAGAGAUGGUGUGGAGAAGACAGGUGUGAGUUACCGUGGGGCCGGGGGUGGACAGGAGAGACUCGGGCCCAGGGCCUGUGAAGCUGAAGUGUGUGGAGCAUCUAAGAAGCCUUUCCCUCACCCGCCCAUUGUCACCCGGGGUACUCUCCAUCUCCUUUGCCACCACGCUAGACAAUCACAAUUGCCACCUUGCUGCACCUCCUUCCUCCCACUAUGUGGCCAGUCUGUCGGCACCCCCACAGCAGCCGGGACGAUUUUGUUUGCAGAUCUGGUUGUGUCACUCUACUGCUGGAAAUUCUUCCAUGACUUCCUGCUGGCUCAUCACAAAAUCCGAAUGUCCAUGUUCUAUAAGCUCUUCCCCCCCACCCCCAAGAGUUCUGCCUAGAAUACUCCAUUUGCACUUGCCACUCUUUUUACUCAGCUACUUGUUUUGCCAGAUCUCAGCCUCAGUUGCCUUCUUCAGGGGAGUUGAUCCCUGGAUUAGUGUGGGCUUCCUUGUUCUCUUCAGGGUAUCCUGUUUUCAUCCUUGGUACUCAGCGCCAUGCUAACUAUAGAGAUAUGAAUAUGUGUCCUGGUUUCCCUUUUAUCUUGUCCACUACACUGAAACUACAAGAGAGUGGGGGCUAUGCCUGCAUUCUUUAAAGUCAGACAGUCCCCAGCCCCCAGCAUAGUAGGCCAUUGACAUUGAAUGAAUGAAUGAAUCAGCUUAUAGGUAGUAUUUAAAGUCAUGAAAAUAUGUGUGCUUAUGU